AACGCGCAAGAUUUAUCAAUAUAAACAUGGACGACGUCAAAGAGGAAAACUCGCCGAGUUUGAUCAACUCGAGCGCCGCGACAGAGGAGUGCUCGCGCGAUGCAAAAGAGGAAAACUCGCAAGAGUUUAUCAGCAAAAACGCGAACGAUGUGAAACAAGAGGAAAACUCGGACGAUUUUAUAAACGCGAACGACGUAAGUGAGGAUGACUCGGACGAUUUUUUAAACGCGAACGAUUUAAGUGAGGAUAACUCGGACGAUUGUACAUCUAUGGACGAUGUAGAAUUAGUGUUGAUGUUGUCUGAGGAUUCAUCUGAUCCGGAGAGCGUUGGUUUCAGUGAGGAAUCUGAAGAAGAGAUGACCGUCGAAUCUGUACUUAAAGAUCAGCUCUCGGAAUCCAGCGACUCGUCAGAUGAGGUCUUAAAUCCAGAGGUAACCCCACAAAAAAGAAAGAGACCUUUUCCAGAGAAGUCUGUGAACUCUUUUUCAUCACCCGCCGCUAUACCAGUUGUCAAAUGGAGAGGCAAGAGAAAGAGCCUGCACCGAUUGCAAGAAGAGUUUCAACUAAACACCUCAGAGUUGAAGUGGAACAGUAUGGAUAAACCAGAUAAAGAGCCGCGCCAACCGGUUUUCAAACCCCUCCAACCACCUGGACCACAGGUGGUUUGCAGCCCGUUCUGCAGACCUCUGCAAUAUUUCGAAUUGUUCUUUACGACGUCGGUCCUUCAGACCAUUGUUGAUCAUACUAACGCUUACGGAGCAGAGAAGUGCAGUAAAAAAAUAUGGAAACAGGACACUUCCGUACAAGAAUUUAAGGCGUACCUGGCACUGGUCAUCUACAUGGGGCUGCUAAAAUGCUCCUCGCUACAAGACUACUGGAAAACCUCCAACAUCUACCGUCUGCCCUUCCCCAACCGAACUAUGUCAGGUAACAGAUUUCUAGCCAUAUCCUCCGCACUUCACCUCAGUGAUCCCAAAGUAGAUGCCGUGAAUGAAGAGAAGAAGGGAACACAUGAAUACGAUCGUCUGUGUAAAAUCAAACCGCUGUAUCAGGACAUUCAAGAAGCCUGCAAGACCUCAUUUCAGCCCUUUCAGAACAUCUCCAUCGAUGAGAGAAUGGUUGCAACAAAGGCUAGAAAUGGACUCAAACAAUAUAUGAAAAACAAACCGACGAAAUGGGGCUACAAACUCUUUGUUCUGGCAGAUUCGCUCUCUGGCUACACGUGGGACUUCUUCGUGUACGAGGGAAAGUCAGUUUUUAGCCAAGGCAAAGGGGUUGGCUACGAUACUGUCAUGAGGUUGGCAAAUGAAAAGUUGUUGGGUUCUGGCUACAAGCUGUUCGUUGACAACUUUUUCACCAGCCCAUCGUUGUUCAAGGACCUCCUGAGUAAGAAGAUUUGGGCUUGUGGGACUCUUCGUGCAAACAGGAUAAACCACUCGAAAACACCGGCACCUCGUGGCAAUAUACGCUGGUUCAGAGAUGACAAACUUCUGUUCAUCGAGUGGAAGGACAGAAGAGAUGUGCUGAUGUGCUCCACCUUCCAUAAAGCAUACAAUGGUGACACAGUGAAGAGGAAGGUGAAGGGAGAGAAAUCAGGCAGGAUCAUUAAGGACUUCCCGGUUCCAGCUGCAGUGCUGGACUACAAUAAGCACAUGGGUGGAGUGGAUCUUUCUGACGCACUCAUUGGAUAUUACAAAGUCCUACAUAAAACAAGAAAGUGGUAUCGGACCUUCUUCUACCACUUUGUGGACAUUGCCGUGGUAAACGCCUUCAUUUUACACAAGCACACGGCCAAGGAAAAGAAUGAGAAGUCGAUGACCCAGAAGGAGUUCCGGGAGGGUCUAUGCUCAGAUCUCAUGAAAGCAAGCGGUUGUUACUCCAUAGUUCAUCCUGCUCCUGAACUUCUACACCUGCCAAAGUACAUCAGUGAUGAUAGCACUGUCGGAAGGCAGAAAUGCCGAAAUUGCUACCUCAAAACUCCGAUCAUGUGUGUGCUUUGCAAGCUGCCAUUGUGUUUUGUUCCUACACGCACAUGCUUUACCGACUGGCAUGAAUCCAAAGCUGCUGAAGUAAAGUGCAGAGUUUCUGUUGGAAAGAUAUCAAAAGCACAAUAAAGAAAGAACUAUGUGAAAAACACCUGGAUGGAGCCUGUGGAGAAGUUAUAGUAGUUGCAGUUCACCCAAAAAUUCUGUGAUUAGUUAUUUACCCUCAGGUUGUUCCAAACCUUUGUGAAUUUCUUUGUUCUGAAGAACAAGGAGAAAGAUAUUUGGAAGAAUGUCAGAAACCAAAGAGAUAUCAUCCCCCAUUGACUCCUAUAGUAGGUGAAAAUACUAUGGGAGUCAAUGGGGGAUAAGAUGUGAUUGGUGGAAAUAUCACUAUAAUGUUUUAUGAAUAGUAAAAGUCAUUAAUUUAUUGUAGUACUAUGCAUUAAAGUGCUUACUUUCCUGUUGAGUUUACUGUUUUAACUUGAACUAUCUCAACAAAUAAAAUGGGGUCUUGGAACACAGUUAGUCAUUUUUCCGGUCAAUGCGUAACGUUUCAAGAAUAAAUGUUAAAACAUUUUGAUGACAUGGUGUGACUGUUCCGAUGUUUGAAAUGUUACGUCUUCAUUAUUAUCACGUGGGGACUUUAUGAACAAACGCUUUUUGUUGACAUUAAAGGCAUCUUUACAAUGUUUUGGGUGCAAGUGUUUUUUUCAAUAAAGGGGUAAAAAGUA